ACACACACACACACACACACAGAAGGAUGGAAACACCCUCGUCACAGAGCCGUAACCAUGGAGAAACCAGGAGAGAGCUGACAGAAAUGAGCAGAGAGGUGAGGAGAAGAUGAAAAUGGUUUCGUGGCAGAAUGGCCCUCUGCGAUCGGAAGAUUGUCGGUUCGAGUCCCUGAAGAAUUUGAGCUGGGUGGACAUCUUUGUGCGAGAGUUCAUCCUCGGCUUCAGAAUUAGUAGUUUUUGGAAAAACGUUUCAAUUCAACAUCACACUUCCUAUUCACAAUUUCUCUAGAACUUUCAACUGAAUCCUCUUGCCGAUGUGGUGUACAUCCUGGCAUUUCUCGCAUACACACAAUCCACAUACUAUGCAGCGGGAACGCAGAAGUUUGUUAGUUUGAGAUUUCAAACACAGCCACGGUCUUCUUCAGAUGUCAACUAGCCUCCAGAAACAACAGUCUCACCUCAAGGUCCCUUUAGUAGCUCUUCUGGAGCUUUCAAUCAUAUCCCAUGAUCUUCAUCAGCGGGUAACGUUUGCGGAGCAACUGGGCAAAAAAUGAAUAUCUAGGAAAUCUACAUUUCCGUGGCAACUGGGCAAACUCUGUCUGCAGAUGAAGAUCAUGUAGUGUGAUCAAAAGCUACUGAAGAAAUCUGGGUACUGCAGUCUGGAUUGUAAGGCCACCCGAGGUAACAGUUUAGUUCCGUUAAUGGGUUAUUGUGUGAAAUAAGACGUGCUGCAGCUUUGAAAUAAAACACCGAUGGUCUGUCUUUGUUUUGCAGGAUCAAGCAUGAGAACAUCGUGGCACUGGAGGACAUCUACGAGAGCCCUGACCACCUCUACCUGAUCAUGCAGCUCGUGUCCGGCGGCGAGCUGUUCGACCGAAUCGUGGAAAAGGGUUUCUACACGGAGAAGGAUGCGAGCACGCUGAUCCGACAAGUCCUGGACGCUGUGAACUACCUGCACAAGAUGGCCAUCGUACACCGAGACCUGAAGCCAGAGAACUUGCUGUAUUUUAAUACCCAAGAUGAGUCCAAGAUCAUGAUCAGCGACUUUGGACUCUCCAAGAUGGAGGGCAGUGGCGAUGUCAUGUCCACCGCGUGCGGCACGCCGGGAUAUGUGGGUACGUUAGCCAGUCUUCCCUGGCCUCUCCUUCUCCUUCUUUUUUUUCCCCCUAAAAAAACGUUAGUAUCUAGGAAAGGAGAUAAUAAACUGUUUAAUAAAGGCUUGCUGUCCUAAGGGCUUUCCACUCUCUACACGGCACACGUGUGAUAACAAGGGCAGAUUUGCCACUUUAAACUAAACUCAAUUUUGAAGCAAUGGGUCCUUGAUUUCAGACGGAGGUAGACAAAAGCCGGUUUUGCAGACUUGGUUUUUGGGUCCAUAGCAGCCGCGUCGUGGUUUGGCGAUGGGGGGCAUAGCUGGCCCAUGUUUGUAUUUCUCAUUAUGCCACCACGUGUUAGUGUGAAUACGAACCGAGCUGUCUCCUUUGUUUUCUGCAGGCAUUGAUCCAACAACACGCAUGAAAAAUUCAAAGAGCGGAUGUUGUUAGCAUCUGACACCAUUUAUGUUUCCUGCACCGUCUUUGUGAUCUGGUGCUGUGUGUGUGUGUGUGUGUGUGUGUGUGUGUGUGUGUGUGU